AUGGCGGUGGUACUGGAUGCUUUAGCAUCCUACCUCCAAGACAUGUUGUUGGAGAUGGCUAAAGAAGAGGUGCAUCUGCUCUUAUGUGUUCCCAAUGAGAUAAAAAAGAUGGGGAUGAAGCUUGGGGACCUUAAGAGGUUCCUCGCCGAUGCUGACAAGAGGAACAUCAGCGACGAGAGUGUGAAAUCAUGGGUGAGAGAGCUUAGGAAUGCCAUGUAUGAUGCUACCAACAUCCUUGAUUUGUGCCAGCUCAAGGCGAUGGAACGGGGUCGAAGCUGUGAUAUGGGCUGCUUCAAUCCCUUGCUCUUUUGUAUGAGGAAUCCUCUCCAUGCUCAUGACAUCGGUAAUCGCAUAAAAAGUCUUAACGAGAGGCUAGAUGACAUUGAGAAGCGUAGCAAAACCUUCAACUUCGUUAACCUUGCAUCUUAUGAGGACAACACAAAAAAGGUUGAACCCUCCCUUCGCGCUAGGCGUGAGACAACAGGCGAGGAUGAGUUAGGUUUGGUUGGUGAGAAGAUUGAGGAGGACACAAGAAAUCUUGUGGAUUUGCUCACGAAGAAGGACAAAAAUGUACAUGAACACAAAAAUGUUAUGGUUUAUGCUAUUGUGGGAGUAGGAGGGAUUGGCAAAACCACCCUUGCCAAGAAGAUCUUUAAUCAUGACUUCAUCAAACAAGAGUUUCAAAAGAGAAUAUGGUUGAGUGUCAAUCAAGAAUUUAGCGAUGCUGAUCUAUUAGAGAGAGCUAUCACUGAAGCACAAGGAAACCAUCAAGCACCAAGAAACACAAAGGCCGCACUAGAGCGAACCCUUAAGGAAGCCUUGAAGGACUGCAAGACUUUAUUGGUGAUGGAUGAUGUCUGGGACCACCAUGCAUGGGAGGGUGUCCUCAAAACUCCAUUAUUAAGCGUCCUAGCCCAAGGUAGUUGUGUCCUCGUUACCACAAGACAUGACAUGGUCGCCAAAGGCAUGAUGGCGGAGGUGCCCUACCACCAUGUCAACAAAUUAGAGCAAGAAGAUGCCUGGUCUUUGCUCAAGAAGCAGGUGGUUGGAAAUGAAAACAAUGAUGAACCAAAGGUUGAUGCAUUGAAGGACAUUGGAAUGUCGAUUAUAGCAGAAUGUGAUGGUUUGCCUCUCGCAGUCAAAGUAAUAGGAGGCCUCCUCUGCCAGAAAAACAUAAGGCGAAGCGAUUGGACAAAGGUCCUUAAUGAUUCUACAUGGCCAGUAUCUCAAAUGCCUGAAGAGCUAAACUAUGCAGUAUACCUGAGCUAUCAAGAUCUGAACCCUGAGUUGCAGUCUUGCUUUCUGCACUACGCCCUCCUCCCAAAGAACACGGUGUUCGGGUAUGACCGUAUUGUUGCCAUGUGGAUUAGUGAAGGAUUUGUUCAUGGAAACUCCCAGGAUUUGGAAGUGUUAGGAAAAGAGUACUAUGACCAGUUAAUAGCUAGGAACCUUCUAGAGCCUGAUCCAAGGUAUGUGGACCAUGGAGUUUGCAAUAUGCAUGAUAUUGUUCGUUCAUUUGCUCAGUAUUUGACUAGAGAUGAAGCACUGUGCAUUGACCUUUCUAAUUGUAAAAGAAUGGUGAAGCUUCCUGGUGGCAUUGGAAAGUUACGGCAGCUGAGGUAUCUAAGCCUUCUUAACUCAGGUAUAAAUAAUAUACCCAAGGGUUUCAAUGGCCUAACUAAUUUAAGGGUAUUGAAGGGGUUUCCUGCCCACGUGGAGGGUGAUUGGUGUAGUUUGGAAGAAUUAGGACCUCUUAACUGGCUCACGAGUCUUCGUAUACAUGGCCUGGAGAAUGUAUCUUCUUCCUCAUUUGCUAUAAAAGCCAGGCUUGGUGAAAAGGUGUGCCUCAGCUAUCUGUACUUACAGUGCACUAGUAGUAGUGGAGGUGCUCACCAGAUGGUGAAACAGGAAGAGCAGCAACACAUCGAGAAGGUGUUUGAUGAGCUCUGCCCUCCGCCUUGCUUAGAAAAACUAGCAAUCGAAGGGUACUUUAUUCAACGACUUCCGAAGUGGAUGACGUCGACAGCAAUUGUGUCCCUUGGAUGCUUGAGGAUUCUAUUCAUGGAAGACUUGCCUUAUUGCAUAGAGCUACCUGACAGCUUGUUCCAGCUACCCAGCUUGGAGUUCCUACAGAUUAGUAGUGCCCCAGCCAUCAAGCAUGUUGGGCCAGAGUUCUUACUACCACACCAUCAUGAGCACCCAAGCGCUUUGGAAAACUUUGGUUCUGAUUUGAAAAUUGAGGUGAGUAGAUGUCAUGGACUAGAGAGGAUCAGUAAUCUGCCAAAUUUGCAGAACCUCGUGAUCAUAGAGUGCCUAGAGUUGCAGGUACUAGAGGGUUGGCCUGCACUUCAUAGACUCACACUGGAGGACUACGACAUGAAAACACUCCCUGGAUACUUGAAGGACGUAAACCCAAGGGAUUUGCAUGUAGACUGCGACGUCCCGCUGCUCGCUUCCAUAGGUAAAGGGAAAUCUAGUCUUGAGUGGGACAAGUUCAGCCAUAUCAAGCAGGUCAAUGCAUAUGCAGAUGAUGAUGACAACAACAUUGAAAGGAAGUGGUACGUGAAGUACACGAUAGAUCCUUUCAGCUUCAAGACAAACAUCAGCCCCUCUGCCGAUGCUUCAGGUGGAGUGCCGCAUGGACAAAAGGCAGCCUUGGAGGCUGGAGCUAUCAUCGCUUCGGCCGAAGAAGAAGCAAUGGAGCCGAUUACUACGCUGCGGGUCGUCGUGAGGCAGUCAGAUGUUGGACACUGCAAAUAA